AUGGCGCCUCCUCCUCCUCAGAAACACACGCAGCCUCAGAAGAAGGCCGGCCGCGGCCGCGGCCCCGGCCCCGGCCGCGGCCGCGGCCGCGGCGCGGGACGCGCCGGCCGAGGACCCGGACGCGGCGCGCGGCUGCCCGCCUCGAACGCGACGCCGCCGUUCGCGGCGUCGUCCGCGCCGCCGCACGUCGUCCACGUGUGUCAAGCGCCCGCGCUCGCGCCCGCGCAAGAGCUCGUCGCGCGAAUUCGCGCGGCGACGGACGCGUCGCUCGACGCGCGCGUCCGCGAGGAUGCGCUGCGCGCGAUGCGGGACCUGCUCGAGAAGGAAUUCUCCGGCGCCGCCGUCGUCGGCGGCGGCGAUCGAUUCGCUCGCGUCCACGACGCGAUGCUGACGCUCGUGAACGAUCCCGCGCCGGGCGUUCGCGCCGCCGCGCCGGGGGUGCUCGGCGCCGCCGCGUGCGCGGUCGCGCGAUUCGACGCCGAAUCGAUCGCGGCGGAAUCGUUCGCCGACGACGACGCCGCCGACACCGCCGACGCCGGUUGCGCGUUCGACGACGACGACGACGCGCGGCCGCCGCCGCCGACGCGCGGAAGCGACGUUUUCUUCCAGUGGGUGACGCGCGCGAUCGCGAUCGCGCUCGCGAAGAACGACCGCGGCGUCGUGGACGGUAAAGACCUCCAGACGAAAGCGUUCGCGAUGGAAGCGGCGGGCGCGUGCAUUCACGCGACGCUCGCGCGCGUCGACGCGGAGAACGCCGCCGCCGACGCCGCCGCCGACGCGGCGGCGGCGGCGGCUUCGACUCGGCUGAGCGCGAUCGUUUACCCGAAGUUCCCAGAGCUCGCGCGCGCGUGCCAGGCUGCGCUGGACGACGCGCUGACGCCGUGGCAGCUCCUCCCCGGGCUGUUGAAACUCUUGAGGAUCAUGAUGCGUCGUCGCGAAUGGAUCUUCCCGCCGGGCGACGAAGCGCGCGCGUCGACGUCGUUCACGAACCUCGCAGACGCGCUGCUCGCGUGGAUGAUGAACGAUGACGCGCCGACGGAGGUGAAAAACCUCGUAACGGCGCAGCUGGGCGGCUUCGACCGCGAGUGGGUCGCGAAUAAAACGUUCGCGGGUACGGUCUUAUCGCAUUUGUGCGACGACGUCUGCAUUCGCAAACGUUUCGUGAAUAAUAAAUUCGACAUUUUGUCGUGUUCGUGGGAGGAGGCGGAGGCGAUGGAGAAAACGAAAAAAGCCGCCGCCGGGUGCUUCCGCGCGAUCGCAAAGCGAAACCUCGCGUCGAAAAUUUUACCCAAAGACACCGCGGUCGCGAUGACGACGAAGCUGCUCGCCUUGGCCAGAGCCGCGUGCUGGCGCAAGGACGAGACGGAGACGUGGCAGGCGUGCACGUGCGCCGGUCUCCUCGCGCGCGCGUGCGCGGACGCCUUCCCGGCGGAGAUCUUCCCCCCCGACCUCUUCGUCGACGCGGUAGCGGCCGAGGAUAUGCCGACGACCGAGAGCGCGCUCGACGCCGUCGUCGCCGUUCUCGACGCCGUCGCGGCCACCGCGAACGCGAAUGAUUCGUGGAGAGAGCAUCGCGACGGAUUCGUUCGCGCCGUCGCAGCGGCGUUUUCUUAUCAUGGGGGCGCGGCGGCGCGAAUGCGACGCUCUUCCGACCCGCGGGAGCGCGACCGCGCGAGAGACGCGUACUUCACGCUGGUGACGAGCGACGACGCGACGAUUCGGUUCACGGCGACGCGCGAGAUCGGAGCAGCGCUCGAGAGGACGAAGCAAUUAUCGAAAUCGAAAUCAGACGCCGCCGCGGCGGUGGACGACGCGGCGUUUUACCUCGACGUCUUGCUCGCGUCCGCCGCGGUCGAAUCAGAUUCGAAUCAGACGCAGAUUCGAUUCGACGAAGAGACGCCGCCGUUCGAGACGUACGUCAACAUGGCGUCGACGCUGGCGCGCGACUACGUCGACGCCGCGGACGUCCCCGCGCUCCUCGUGGAGAAGAGCGUCGCGGCCGCGGCGGCGCUCGUCGUUCGCGCGCCGGCGACGUCGACGGACGACUCGCGACGACGCCGGCGCGCGUUCCGCGAUCUCAUCGUUCGCUGCUUGAAGCGGCGAGGCGACGGGCGCGAUUUCUGCGACGUCGACGACGUCGCCGCGCGCGCGGCGUUGGAAGCGACGUCGAACGCGGCGGUCUCGGACGCGUCGGUGCUUCGCGACGACGGCGGCGGCGCCGACGCCGCCUCGACGGACGCGUCGAUUUUCGCGGAAAUCAUUCGAUGCGCGGAGACGGGCUCGCGGGACGUCCGCGAAGAAUCCGCGCGCGCGAUCGAAGCGUUACGCGCCGCGAGACUUCUCUCGUCGUCGCAGCUUCUCGACGUCGUCCAGCUCGCGACGACGCGCGUCGGGGACGAGUGCGUCGACGUCCGCGAGGCGUACGCGUCCGCGUUGCCGACGGCGGCGGCGGCGGCCACCGCCGCCGCCGGCGCCGCCGUCGUCGCGACCGCGUCGUCCGACCGCCCGUCGUGGGUGACCGCCAUCGCGCUCGCGCCGCAGACGCUCGCGUUCCACCCGAAACAGAUCGCGACGCUGAUGAACUUUUUGACCGCGCGACCGCCGGCGCGGCGCGGCGCGGACCGCGAGUGGGUCCGGCGGUUGACGAGCGCGUGCGCGCGCGUCGCGCCGCCGCCGCCGACGCGCGAGUCGUCGUCGCUGACGUCUCGGAACUCCGUCGCGGUGUCGCUGUUGAACGCCGCGGCCGCGGGCCGAGCCGCCGCCGCGGAAGCACUCGCGGAGGAGGAGAGCUCCGCGAAGAGCCCGAAGAAGCGCGCGCGCGCGAAGAGCGAGCGCGCGGAACGCGACGCGGAGGCGGAGAGAAAAAUCGCCGCCGAGGAAGCCGCGACGGCGGCGGCGACGCGCGCGGCGGUCGUCCGCGCCUCCGACGACGCCGCGCUGUGGUUCGCGACGCAAGAGUGCGCUCGACACUGCGUCUCCGCGCGCCUUCGGACGCAUUUCGGGAACGCCGCGGAGACGCUCGCGCUUCUGGAGCGCUGCCUGAGAGCGGCGGCGAAGCCGCCGCCGUCCGCGCCGGAAAUCAUGACGUCGUCGUGGCACCUCGUCGAGUUUACGCACGGGCUCGAGCGGGCGCUGUAUAACGCGUACGAGGGCACGGCGACGACGCCGCCGCCGGGCAAGACCGCCGCGAGUUUCUUCCGCGCGAACCAGCGCACGUGCGAAGAGUGGCUGACGCGCGCGAGAGAGGCGACGCUCGCGGCGUCGACAGCGUGCGGGCAUCGCGCGGCGGCGGCGCGCGACGCGAUUCUUCGCGUGAACCGCUGCGUCGCGUCGCAGCGCCGACGGUGCGACGUCGCGGCGAAGCGGAAGCUGGAGGCUGCGGAGUUGCUUCCCAGGCUGAAGCGCGAGUUUAAAGCCGCGAAGGCGGCGCUGAACGACGCGCACAAGCAGCACGGGAUCGCGAGCGCGAAGCUCGAACGCGCCGUCGGCAACGCCAAGACGGAGCGAAAAGGCGGCGGCGGCGUCACCGCGAAGCAACAAAAACAAAUCGACCUCCUGAAAGUGAAGCUCGAGGAGGCGAAAGACCGCGUGCGUGAGGCGCACGCGGGGCAGCAGUCCGCGCACGCCGCGAGGGAAGCCGCGGAGCAGCGGCUCGUGGACGACGAGAGGAUCGCGCGGACCGCGGCGGCGAACACGUUUCGAGCGACGCGCGCCGCGGCGAACCUCCUCGUGGACGUCCACGAGGGCGAUCUUCUCAGGCGCGUUCUAUACACUGGUUCCCAUACGACCGCGUUGGCGUGGUGA